AUGCAUCGGCUCUUUCGUGGUAAUCAUACGGCCAGAGCGGUGGCUGCCAGUCAUUUUCCUCACACUGCGCCUAUCAGAGAUCAUAGGAUAUCCAGUUUUAUUCCCUUGAUCGAAGUUGCCAAGCCGAGUCUUGCCUCUCAUGCCUCUCACUUGAGAGCCGUCCAUGAGACGCUGGUAAGACAAGGAGUUCUUCAAAUACAGCUGGGUUUUGAUGAUGACGAAAGUCUGUAUCUUCGAGAUCUGAUUUACAAUCUCCAUCAAAACCAUGGUCAUGGUCUCCCGAUAUCCCACAGCGCCGAACAGGGGUGGUUUUGGGAUAUUCGGCCUUCAACGUCGAGUUUCCAAAGCAAUGCACACCAAGCUCGAUCAGAGACAAUGCUCUGCUUUGACUGGCAUACGGACUGUAGCUAUGAAACUGACCCGCCUCGAUUCUUUGCCCUUCAAGUCCUUCAAACAGAUCGCUAUGGUGGAGGGACGUUGUCGGUACUAAACGUCGAUCGAGUUCUCACCUUCCUCUCCCAAUUUACGCAAAAAAGGCUUUCCCGAUGUGAAUACAAAAUAACGGUUCCUCCCGAAUUCGUGAAAAAGGGUGGAGAACGGCAUGUUGUGGGGAAUUUGCUCGCCGCGAGUGGAGGGGAAAUUCACGGUGGUUCCCUGAGGUUUCGGGCGGAUAUCACGGUCCCUUUAACUCAGGAUGCUAGCGAUGCGUUGGCAGAGUUGAAAGAUAUCUUGAAAAAUGGUAAAACUCAGGCAGAGACGAUUCAUUUGAAAUCCGAGACCCUUCCCCGAGGAUCGAUCAUCAUGAUGGAUAAUCGGCGUUGGCUGCACUCACGCAAUGAAGUUAAAGACCCCGAGCGACAUCUUAGGCGAGUUCGAUGGGAUGCCUCACAAUUCGGCGCCUGUAGCUCAUAG